CCAUCAUGCACUAAAAGAGGCGUGCCACGGUUAAUCCCAAGAAGCUGUAGACCAGAGGCCGAGAAUGAUACGCCCCUCUCCUGAAGUUCACCAAUCAUAUGCUUGACUGAGUUAAGCCCGCCCCUUCCUGCUCCCUGUGCAUAGGAGAAGGUGCAGGUUCCAUUGUUAUUGCAGCUGUACGGGGAAUACGGGGUGUGAGGCAGAGGGACGCUGCUCCCUGAGGUGAAUUCUGACAGGAACAUCCAUGUACUGAUUGGCCCCGAGAUUGGCCUCCAUUCACAAUCCUCUGUGGCCCUGUAGUCACUUCCACAGGGACCAAAUGGGAAUCUCCCAGGAACCCACUGAGCCAGUGAUGGGGAACCAGGAUCCAGAUCAGCUGCAUGAGACAAUCCUGACUCUCACACUGGAGAUUAUCUACCUGCUGACUGGAGAGGGCUACAGUGUUACAAAGAAGUCAGGUGAUGGCAUGCCCCUCCCACAGAGCUGCACUGACUGUAUUUUGGGAGGAGCCUGCAGGCACCAUGUGACCAGCCCAACGGUGGCCCCUCCCCCUGGCUCCGUCAUACAGAAGGAAAAUGCCAAGAAGAUCCUGGAACUGAUGUCCAACAUCAUCCAGCUGCUGACUGGAGAGGUUGCCAUAAGGUGUGAGGACGUCUCCCUCUAUUUCUCCUUGGAGGAGUGGCAGUAUUUAAAGGGGAACAAGACCCGUUACUUGGAAGAAAUGAGAGGAAGUGUGCAGCAGACAGAUUGUACAGAGGAAGAUCAGAGAGAUGAUACAGUCGAUGAAGAACCACUAUUAUACUGUGACGGUAAAGUAAGCGAGAUUGUGGCUGAAGAACCGUUUCUUUGGCUAAGACAAACCCACCCAAACAUUCCUCCAGCUGCUCCCCUGCAGAGACCAACCAACUGCAGCUCUCAUGGGAUUAAAGAGGAACUGGCUUCAUGGGAAGGAAGAGGAGGUUCCCAUCCACGGCCAGUACAAGGCACAGGCCUAUCUACUGACCCAAAUAACACAUUCCUUUUCCAUGAAAUUAAGGAGGAAGAGGACUCAUGGGAAGAAGGGAAAGAUUCUGAGUACAGCAUUGUUAUGGUCACGGAGCCGAUGGAGGAAACACUUGAUACCGAAUCUGACCCAAAUAAGUCUUUCUCUUCAGUGACUAUUUCUGAACUGGAAACCACUACCCACAAUAGAGGUGAAAGCCAGAAAGGCCAUAUGAUUGGUCACAAAGAUCUUGUGAGGCGCCAGAGAACCCAGACGGGGCAGAACCUGUUUGCUUGUUCCGUAUGUGGGAAAUGUUUCACACGCCGUGCAAAACUCAUUGAGCAUUUUAGGAAUCACACAGGGGAGAAACCGUUCGCUUGUGACGAGUGUGGGAAGCGAUUCACUCAUCGUGCAAAACUGGUGGACCAUCAAAGGGCUCACAAGGGGGAGAAACCAUUCACCUGCUCGGAAUGUAAGAAAUCCUUUGCACGGCAGAACGAACUGAAUAGACACUUUAGAAUACACACAGGUGAGAAACCGUUCUCUUGCUCUGAAUGUGGCAAGUGCUUUAAGCAGCGCUCACACCUUGAGGUUCACUACAGGAUCCACACGGGAGAGAAACCCAUCUCUUGUUCUGAAUGUGGCCAGUGCUUCGCCCGGCACACUGAACUGAACCGACACUUUAUAACUCACACAGGGGAAAAACCCUUCUCUUGUUCCAUAUGUGGCAAAUGCUUUGGGCUUCGGAGCGGUCUCACAAGACACUUUAGAAUUCACACUGGGGAGAAGCGGAAGUCUCGCACAGUCAGAACCAGUCCAGAUCAAAACUCUGGCUCGGGUGUUGGCUGAGUGGCACUUCCCCUAGUGAAGCCACUGGAAUGUCAUUGUUAAAUCUCAUCCCAGUCUUCUAUAUUCACCCAUCAGCUGUAGGCAGUCACUUCAUUAGGGGACACUAUAGUUCCGCUCCUUUAAUCAUCACUGGUCAUUGAGCUGUUUAGCUGUGACCCAGCCGUUGUUCUAGUGACUCCUGUUUGGCCCAGUAUUCCUGCCUUUAUUGUCAACUUGUCUGACCUAUUGUUCCUGCUUGAUCCAGUCUUCCUGCCGUAAUCCUGAAUUCCUGCUUGAUCCUGAAUUUAUACCUUUAUCCUGAACUCCUACUCACUUCAGUAUUCUUGCCUUUAUCUUUUUCUUGGAUGAAAUUGUCUCUGCUGACUCUGGCCCAGUAUCCAUAUUGUCCUGUGUGCUGGCCCAGCUCCCUAUUCUUACAGUUCUGACCAAUGUCUGGUAUUCUUUGCUCUUUGUCUCCAAGUUGGACUUCAUUCUGCUCCUGCAACCCCCACAUCCUUGCAGUGGGCUGAUUCAAUGACUGGCCGGUUAAUGACUUGGUUCUGGGACACAUAAUUCCUUGCUGCUCAUGAUAAGUUAAUUUCGCUCAAAGGGUGCAGAUGUUAAUGGAAAUCGGGGGGUUGUGCCGUGAGGCUGGUAUUGUGACAUGUACUGCCCAACCUACAGCAGGGAUUUGACUCAUUUAGAACUUCAACAAAAAUUGGGGUAGAAAUGCUGCAGUCUAGUGGGCUUAUAAGGACUCCACAGGCCUUUAGCAGGGAACAUCUUUGUCCCGGAGAUGACCCCAGUAGCCCCCAUCUUUUUUUCCUUUCGGUUUCCAAGCACAUGCUUUGGGCUGCUGUCACUUACCUGAACUUACAGUAUAGAUAAGCAUAUAACAGUCCCUAUAUACAGUAUCUAUACAAUAUAUCACUCACAAUACAAAGCUGAUGAGUAUUCAGAUUCACUAAGAUGAUUUAUUAUCAGCCCUGUAGCAUCAUCUUCGAUGACAGAUGUGACCUCACUUCCUGCUUGAGUGGCUUUGACAUACCCUCAGCAGCAGCCCAGAGCCCACUGAGCAUGUGCAGUGCCACUGACACACACAAGAUGGCCUUACGGUAAGCGGGGAGAUGCUGGGUAGAACUCUAAAGGCCUGUACAAUGUUUUAAAUUGUAUUUAUUAGAUUUAAAAUUUGUAAGAAAAAAAAGCCCUGCAAGAACAGAAGAGGCUGAAGAGAGAAGUAGAGCAGCAAAGUGAGAGGUGGGCAGUUGGGGCCCACAGCCAGGAGCCCAUGACAGAGACAUUUAUGACGGGUGAGGGGGUUGUAUAGUUGCAAUGCAUUAGUCUGCAAUGAAUAAUAAAAUGGCUGCAAAUAACAAAGCCCAGUGUUGAUGCUCGCAUGGCCAGUUGUACAGAGGAGCCACAAGCUGGCACAGAGAAUUAAAUGGCAGCACAGAGAAUUAAGUGCCAGCAGCUCUUCAACAGGAAGCUCCUUCCAGAAUCCCUCCAUAGUGGCAUAUUCCCAAAACAUCAUAAUUGUUUAGCAGUAAGUCACAACUUAAAAUCUAUUAUAAAGCACUGUAUUGCUUUCACAUGAAUAAGCCCAGUUUAACACGAGAUACUGAACUCUGUAUAAACAACCACACACCCUUUAUCCUUUGUAGUGAUCAUUUUCUCAGCUGCAGACCAUUAUGCAGAGGGAUUAUCCGUGUCAUGGGAAUCCAAUUACCUACCUCACAAAGAUCAAACAUGGGGGCUUUAAUGUCCCCUUCUGCCCUGUUUUCCUCAAGAAAUAACAAAAACCAGACAUGCUUCGUCAUUAGUGUGCCCUAUUCAUUGCACUCAUGUUGCACAGGGGAUCAAGUGCUAAGCCUUGGACACCCCCAGACACAUCCUUUGUACAGUGCCUUGACUGAUGGGAGCUGUGCUACACAGUGUAUCAGACGGGUCCCUCCCGGUAUUUAUGGGAAAUGUCACUUUUACUUCACCCAAAUGCCAGGAAACUGAAUGAAGGUCCGUUAGGGACCCAUGUCUCUUGCCAAUCAAACAGUGGGGUGAGUAGCUUAUGUACAGCAAUGUAGGACAUGCAGUUGCUCGUAUUCAAUAGCAAAGGGAGAAUAAUUCUGAGCCACCCUGUGGGUGUCAGUAAGCAGGGUGCUAUUGCUUUCUUCCCAUGUAUGUAGUGAGGGCUCAUAGUACCAUGCCCCUUACACAAUAUUAUUGCCUCCAGCUUAUUGGCUCUGGGGGAAGCAGACUACCAUCAUGUUAUAUUCUCACUGUUAAGUGUCCAUGCCACAUGAGAAAUGGUCUGGUCGGCACCUCAGGCAUUCCUGUCCAAUGGGAGGACUCAUAUUCAAUGGAACCUUUGUGGGUAGAUAUACAAGUUGGCCACCUACUAAUCAGCCCAUUGAGAUCUGAUUCAAGAACCUCUUCCCCUGUGAUGUCCUGUUGUCACUGAAGGUGCAGCCUAUGAAACGGGGGACAGACUACAGAACUGUCUGACUGACUGUAGAGUCUCCCUCCCCAUCUUGCUCACUAAGCCUCCCUUCUCCCACCAACUCCAUUCCCUAGCACAGCUGGUAACCAUCUACCUCACUGCUACACCUACCUUCUACAUCACUUUCUACUUUCCCUCCCCGUCUUUCCCACCCAGUUAACCCACCACCUUUCUUACUCUCCUUAUAUCCAAUAUCGGCUAUGCUCUCUUCCCUG